AUGAGGAAGGAAGCCACAAUCCUAUGUCCGGCCAACAAUGGGGCCCGCUACGAGCUCUACAGCCCUACCGCCAUGCCCAAAGCCGCCGGCUUCCUGUGGAACAAGAAGAUGAUGAUCCAGAUUACCUGCCGCGGUUAUGCCACAGCGCAGUUCAUGCAGCCCGAACCGGCAAAGUACGCGCAUGCCCCAAACAUCGAGGCCAAGACGUUCAUGCAGCCCGAGCAAAAUUACUACGCCCACCACCCGGGCCGCUUCGUCUACGUCAAGGACCUUGAAAGCGGCCAUCUCUUCUCAGCGCCCUAUGAGCCUGUCCGGGCUACCGCGGACCGAUUCGUCUUCUCAGCUGGCAAGAGCGAUGUCGCUUGGGCAGUCGAACAGGACGGCAUCCGUGUCGAGAUGGUUAUGGGCCUUCCGAUCCACGACGUGGCUGAACUCUGGACCAUCAAGGUGACCAACAUUUCCGGCCGACCCCGGCGGCUCAGCGUGACGCCCUACUUCCCCAUCGGCUACAUGUCCUGGAUGAACCAGUCCGCCGAGUGGAAUCCGGAACUAAUCGGCGUGGUUGCCAGUAGCGUUACUCCGUACCAAAAGGCAGCCGAGUACUUUAAAAACAAGUACCUCAAAGACAAGACGUACUUCUUGUGCGAGACGCCGCCGGACUCGUGGGAAGCAAACCAACAGGCAUUUGAGGGCGAAGGCGGGCUUCACAACCCGUCAGCCCUGCAAGGUCCGCAGCUCGGCGGCGGCGAUGCACGCUAUGAGACCCCGACGGCAGCUGUGCAGUAUCGCAUCACGCUCGACGCUGACGAGGAGCGUGAAUACCGCUUCAUGUUUGGGCCGGCCUACGAUGAGGCUGAGAUCAGCUCCAUGCGCUCGCGCUACCUAAGCAAGGUGGCGUUUGUGCGGACGGCGGGCGAGUACGCCGCCUACAUGGAACGCGGGGGCGGCUGCCUGCGCAUCGAGACCCCCGACAAGGACCUCGACAACUUUGUAAACAACUGGCUGCCCCGCCAGGUCUACUACCACGGCGACGUCAACCGCCUGACGACGGACCCGCAGACCCGCAACUUCCUCCAGGACAACAUGGGCAUGAAUUACAUCAAUCCCGAGGUUGCCCGCAAGGCCUUCAUCACGGCCGUUUCGCAGCAGGAAGCAAAUGGUUCCAUGCCGGACGGCAUCCUGCUGGCCGAGGGCGCCGAGCUGAAAUUCAUCAACCAGAUCCCGCACACGGACCAUUGCGUCUGGUUGCCAGUUACCCUGGAUGUGUACCUCGCCGAGACGGGCGACUACGGUUUGCUGAAGGAGCAUGUCCGCACCGCCAACGGUGACAAUUUCACCGUCUUUGAGCGCUUCUGCCGCGCGAUGGACUGGCUGCUCAAGCUGCGCGAUGAGCGCGGGCUCAGCUACAUUGCCCAGGGCGACUGGUGCGACCCGAUGAAUAUGGUUGGCUACAAGGGCAAGGGCGUGUCCGGCUGGCUUACGCUGGCCACGGCGUAUGCGUUGAACCUGUGGGCCGGUGUUUGUGAUCACGAGGGCAUGCCUGACCUGGCGAAACGCUACCGUGAGGGUGCAGCCGAGUGCAAUGCGGCCGUCAACAAGCAUCUGUGGGACGGCGACUGGUUCGCACGCGGCAUCACUGAUGACAAUGUCGUCUUUGGAAUCAAGAAGGACCCCGAAGGCCGCAUUUGGCUCAAUCCCCAGACCUGGGCAAUUCUGAGCGGCGCCGCCAGCCAGGGGCAAAUAGAGCGGAUUCUGCCCCAGGUCGAUUCUCACCUGGGGACUCCGUACGGCGUGCUGAUGUUUGCGCCGCCCUUCACCAAGAUGCGCGAGGACAUUGGACGCGUGACACAAAAGGCCAUUGGGUCGGCCGAGAACGGCGCCGUGUACAACCACGCGGGCGUCUUUUACAUUUACAGUCUCUACAAGCUGGGCGGGCAGCAGGACCGGGCCUACUCGCUCCUGCGCCAGCUGCUGCCGGGACCUAGCGAAGCCGACUACCUGCAGAGGGGCCAGCUGCCCAUCUACAUCCCCAACUACUACCGCGGCGCCUGGCGCGAGUUCCCCCGCACGGCGGGCCGGUCGAGUCAGCUCUUCAACACGGGCACCGUCUCGUGGGCCUACCGCUGCUUUAUCGAGGGCCUGUGCGGCCUGCGCGGCGAGGACGACGGCCUCACCAUCUGCCCGCAACUGCCGAGCUCCUGGGAUGCGAUCAAGGUAAUGCGCACCUUCCGCGGUGCGACUUUCCAGUUGGAUAUCCGUCGUGCCGACGUCAAGGAGGUGACGGUCAAACACGGCGACACUGUGCUCCCCAAGCCGCGGAUCACCAACAUCAGGGCCGGCGAGACAUACCAGCUUACUGUGUUGGUCCCACAGUGUCAGUGA